GGCGAGGAGGGAAGGUCAAAUGGCGGCGCUGCUGGGCAGGCUUUUUUCUUUGGCCCCGGCGGCCAGCAGGCAGCUUCCUCCGCUGAGUAUGGUUGCAGUGAGGUUUGCAUCAAAGAAAUCUGGAGGCAGCUCCAAAAAUCUUGGAGGGAAAAGUCCUGGGAAACGCUAUGGGCCCAAAAAACUGGAGGGAGCAUUUGUCCAUGCAGGCAACAUAUUGGCAACGCAGCGACUGAUUCGCUGGCACCCAGGGGCUCAUGUAGGGAUUGGCCGCAACAAGUGGCUGUAUGCGAUUGAAGAUGGGAUUGUACGAUACACCAAGGAAGUCUACAUACCGCCUCCCCGAGGCACGGAGAGCAGAGAGGUGAUUUGCCAAUUACCCAAAGGAGCUGUGCUGUAUAAGACAUUCAUCAACGUCGUCCCCACGGCAGAGGUGGGGAGUUUCAAGUUGGUCAACAUGCUCUGAGACUUUUCAUGCCUCGCAGCAGGGUGGCGAGAAAAUGCGGACAUGGAUUUGAGCCCCGGCACAAACAACGCUGGGAAGGCUGCUGUCGUUCUGAGUGACUUUCGUUCAGUCGCCUGCUGUUGGGGGACGUUUGGAAGGGUAGUAACGCUUGGGACACCCAUGGUAUUAUAUGGAUAUGCUUUUGGGGGCUCCUCUGAUGCACGGCCAGUGAAAUAAAUAUUGUCAAAGGUGGUUUUCCAAAA